AUCUCACCUACCUCUGAUAGCGGAGCCAACAUCAAUUCCCAAAAUCAGAUGUAUCAACCGCGUACAGGCCCCGUCACCCUCAAAUACAGUCGUUUCCUCGUCCGCCUUCCUCAAGUUCGUGCUUACACCUCCACUUUUCGAAAUAUGGGCAAGGAGUCGGGGGAAACGUCGACGUCGCAUACCGAGCGCACGGCGGCUCAACCCCGGGAUUCUACAUUGCACAGCGUUACACUUGUUAGAGUCAAUGCCGUAAACGAGGAAAUCCGUCUCUUCCGGCUUGGGGUAAAGGAGGGGUCGAGGAUCGAGUUCCUCCCAGGCCAAUGGCUCGACACCUACGUCCCCGGCGUGCCCAAGGCAGGGGGCUUCACCCUCACCAGCCCGCCGUCCAAGGCUGUCCUACCGAGAUCCGCGUACCUCGAGCUCGCGGUGCAAAAGUCGCCGGCGAACCCGGCCGCUGCUUGGCUCUGGGACCAAGCCGUCGACGACGACGAAAAUGAAUGCCCCUCCCAGGUAGAGAAGAAACCAGAGAUUCAGGUCCGCGUCGGCGGGUCCUUUGUCUGGCCGCCCCCGGGAAUUGCUGACUUGGCCUCCCUGCGGCGAAUCGUCUUUAUUGCAGGCGGCGUCGGCGUGAAUCCACUGAUGAGUAUCGUGAGUUACCUGGCUGAAGGGAUUGAAGGGAAGGGCGGCUGCCCGUACGACGUCCAGUUCAUGUACUCGACAAAGGUGCCGUCGUCGGCGUCGCCGCCAGAAGAGUCUGGCGAGGGCAGCCACCUCGAUUCCGAAAAGAUUCUCUUCAUGGAGCGGCUGGCGGCCAUUUUCGGCGGGGAAAAAGUCCGUGGUCAGAUGAGGUUGUUCCUAACCGGCCUCGGUCCCGGUACCGCGUCCGGUGAGUCAGUUCUACAGUGCAACGAGAUGGACGUCCCGUUCAAGAGGCGCCGUAUGGGCCUGGAAGACGUGGCGGAAGCCUUGGGGCCCGAAGCGGAACGCGGUGGUGCGUUGGUGUACGUCUGCGGGAUCCCGUCCAUGACUGAUGAGUUGGUCGAGAGCCUCACAUCGAAGAGCGGGUUGAAUCUCAGACCUGAACGGGUUCUGUGUGAGAAGUGGUGGUGAUGUAGAGCCCUCGGGGGUUGUCUACUCCUCACGAGAUUGGUUUGUUCCUCCUCGGGCCCAAAUGGUGAGAUAUAGCUCUGAGGAGUGUUCAGGUUCUACUUGUGGUGUGUGAAAUCGGAAUUCUUACGCAAAUGUUUUGGAUAACUCAGAAUCACCAGUGCAAAUAAACUGCUCAUAGAGGACGACGAAGUGACUGAUAAGCAGAGGGAAAAGUGAC